UCGAAUUGUUCUGCCGACUCUUUUGUUGUCUUUUUGUUCGAGUUUUGGCAAAUGCUAAACAAACAGAUUUUCGCGUGGAACAAACGAUUAAAAUGAGUGAGAUUACGGGCGAGAACCUGGAGCGACUGCGCAACUACAUCCUGCGCCCAGAGCUAUCUCUCCACAAUCCGCUGCCCGAUGUUUUGCCCCGCCAAUUCGAUCCGAUGCGCCUGUUGCAUGUGCCCCGGUGCCCGGGAAGCACUAAGCGCCCUCGUCGGGAUCAGAGUGGGCAAAUACUCGAGUUCGUGGAGGUGGACCUGGAGGAUGUGGGCGCCAACGCCAACAACUCGAUGUCCAUGCAGCGGGAGCCGGGUCUGCUGGAGGAGGCGACGCGCGGCUCUCACUCCAACUUUCCCUUCUGGCCGGGCGGUUUCGACGAGCAGCGCCAGCAGAUCGCCGCCCUGGAUGUGGACAGCUUCCAGUUCGGGGACAAGCUGCUGACGGUGCCGCCGGGCUUUAGCUCUGGCCACGACUUCUCCCAGUCGCAGCCUGUUUCACUGCCACCUGUUGUCCCCGAUCCCAGUAACGUGGUGUUGGAGAACCUAGAGCAGGACCUGGACGUGCAGGAGUGGAUGAAGCUUACGCAUGAGGAGUCAAGCUCCUCUGGUCUCCCUCCAAGUCCCAGCCAACGGAACGUUCAAUUUCCCUCUGAGGAGUUCCAGGACGUGGACGAUCAGAUCAUGAAGGAUGACCUGAAGCCAGUGCUCAAUAUCUCCACCACCACGAAGACCUUUAAGAGCGACUGGGCCGAGAUGGUGGACAUUAGCCAGCCGAUCAACGACUUCAAGGAGCAGAUUCCCUGCCCGGCCAUGGAGUUCCCCUUCGAGCUGGACGUCUUCCAGAAGCAGGCCAUUCUGAAGCUGGAGCAGCGACAGUAUGUCUUUGUUGCAGCCCACACCUCUGCCGGAAAGACUGUGGUGGCUGAAUACGCCAUCGCCCUGUCCAAGCGGGAUCUCACCCGCACCAUCUACACGUCGCCGAUCAAGGCGUUGUCCAAUCAGAAGUACCGAGAUUUCCGCAAGACGUUCAAGGAUGUGGGACUCAACGGAGACCUACAGAUAGAGCCCACCGCCUCCUGCCUGAUCAUGACCACCGAGAUCCUUCGCUCCAUGCUGUACUGUGGCAGCGAAGUCACCCGAGAUUUGGAGUGGGUGAUCUUUGACGAGGUGCACUACAUAAACAACCCGGAGAGAGGUCACGUCUGGGAGGAGGUCAUUAUCCUCUUGCCGGAUCAUGUCAACAUCAUAAUGCUGAGUGCGACUGUUCCGAAUACCAUGGAACUGGCGGACUGGGUGGGGAGCACUAAGAAAAGAAAGGUGUAUGUUAUUAGUACCCUAAAAAGACCAGUACCCUUGACUCACUUCCUCUACACUGGAGCCGGGGGCAAGAGCCGCGACGACAUCUUCCUGCUUGUGGACGCCCAUGGCAAAUAUCUGCAGGGUAACUACGAGAAGGCCGUGGAGCGCAAAAAGGAGAUGCAGGGCAAGGAAGGCGGCGGAGGCGGUCCAAAGAACUACGUGAAUGCCAAGCAGGAGCAGUACACCUGGAUCGGAUUGAUUGACUUUCUGAGGCGGAACAACAAGAUGCCCGUGGUGGCCUUCACCCUGUCCCGCAACCGGUGUGACUCCAAUGUGGCCGCCCUGCAGUCAGUGGAUUUGAAUACGGAAAAGGAGAAGGGUGCAGUGCAAAAGUUCUUCCUGCAAUUGGCCAAACUGAAGCCGCCGGACCGCACUAUUCAAGUCCUUGUACUCAAAGACGCCUUGGAGCGGGGCAUUGGGGUGCAUCACAGCGGCAUCCUGCCCAUUCUCAAGGAGAUCGUGGAGAUGCUCUUCCAGAAUGGCCUGGUGAAGUUGCUCUUCGCGACUGAAACUUUUGCAAUGGGUGUUAACAUGCCCGCUCGCACUGUAGUCUUUGACUCCUGCAAGAAGUUUGAUGGUCUAGAGAUGCGCAACCUAAAGCCAGGGGAGUACAUCCAGAUGGCCGGCAGGGCAGGUCGGAGAGGGCAUGACGAGACGGGUACUGUGAUCCUGUUGUGCAAGGGAAACGUCCCACCGUCGAUGGAGCUGCGGCCCAUGAUCCUCGGCCUGCCCGAGAAGCUGCAGUCGCAAUUCAUCCUGCGCUAUGCUGUGACUACAUGCCUGCGCAUCGAGAGUAUCAAGGUGGAGGACAUCAUGCAAUUCAGUUUUAAGGAGUUUAACCAGAAGCUCAUUGCCACGCAGCAGAAGCAACUACGCCUGGCCGAGGACAAGUUCGCCAUGCUCCAAACCCUCGGCGAGCACCUGCAGCCGCUCGUCAUUUACGACAAAGCCGUCGAGUACUGGAAGGAGAAGCACCGCAUCAUGAAAUUCAUUGUAACCCGCAAGAUCCAGAAGGAGUUGAAGGUUGGCCGCGUCAUUGUCAUCACCCAGGGCAAGCAUUACAACAAACUGGAUUUACUCAACACCAAAUCCGUCCCAGGCAAGGAUACCGUCUAUAAAGUGCUAGUGCUGGACCAUCAGUUCAAAGCAAAAGAUAGCGAUAGCCUCCAGCGGGGCGAACUCUAUUACAAAAUACUCUUGACGCCCAAGAACAAAUUCUUCCAGCCAGAGGGAAUUGGAGGACACUCUGUUCUGGACAUCAAGGCCAUGGACAUUAUAAGCAUCACGAAGAACACAUUUAAAGUCGAUGCCGAUGUUAUCAUCCGGAACUGGGAGCAGCGGCAGCUGGAGCGUUUCAAGGACACGCCGCCUGGGGGAACCGUGGUCAAGGCUGUGACGGAGUUGCAUCAGCUAAAUGAGAGUUACAUCGCCAACCCGGAGACCAUCAAGUACGUCAACCUGUCCAAGGAGAUCAACGUGAACGCAGACAGCGAGGUGGCAAUGCUCAACUACGUAGAUCACCUGUGCCGGCAAGUGUGCGACUUGCUGCCUCACACCAACAUCGCCGGCUUCGAGCAGGAGUUUACAAAGGUCUACGAGCGGCGGAUGCUGGAAAUCCAUAUCGAGGAGUUGCGCUUUAAGAACUCCGCGAAAAACCUGACUCUCUAUCCGGACUACUGUAACAAGCUGCAGGUGCUUCGGGCUCUCAAAUACAUAGACGAACUGGACGAGGUCACACUCAAGGGAAAAGUGGCCUGUGAGAUGGGCCAGAACGAGCUGCUGAUUACGGAGCUCAUUCUGUGCAACAUGUUUAACGAUCUCGAGCCCGCUGAGAUAGCCGCCCUGCUCUCCGGUCUCGUCUUCCAGGCGAAGAUCCAAGGCGAACCGGUCAUACCAGAGCCCUUGAAGAAGUGCGUGGCGGACUUCGAGAAGAUCAACGACACCAUUCUUGCCGAGGAGCAGCGCUUCCAGGCUGCGAUCGAGGCCGAAAAUCGACUCAACUUCGGCCCUGAGGUGGUCUACGAGUGGGCCAGGAACAAGCCCUUUGCUGAGAUUAUGAAGCUGACUGAGGUGCGAGGCAUCAUUGUGCGAUGCAUCCAGCAGCUGGACGAAACCCUGCGCGAUGUCAAAACGGCCGCCAUACGGAUUGGCAAUCCUGGACUGCAGUCCAAGAUGGAAGAGGCGUCGGCGGCCAUCAAGCGCGACAUUGUGUUCACCGCAUCCCUGUACACCGAACUGUAGUCGGAGGAGUUCGAUCGCGAGAGGAAAGACGAGACAGAAAUGUGAUUUCUUACAUCUAUACAUUAUGCACGUGUCAAUUACAAUUCCAAAGGAUACUUAUAAAAAAAUGUAAAAAUA